AUGGCUGCCUCAUCAUCAUCAUCUUCAGCUACCGGGGUCAGUGGAAGUUCCGUCACUGGAUCUGUAUCAGUGUCUCCGACCUUGCCCCUCCACGGGAAUCCCAAAGGAGCUAGAGAGAUGUUAGAAGACCAACAAGUUGCUUGCUUGGAAAAACUAGCUGUUUUGGUAGAAGAGCUGGAGGCCGAUGAGUGGCAGUUUAAACCCAUCGAGCAGCUGCUGGGGUUCACGCCCUCUUCAGGUUGA